UCUACACCAGGUGGCAGCAGUUCGAAAAAGAAAGGGGUCAGAGGUAAAUACAAGGGCAAGAAUGUUGAGGAGGAGCUCUCCAAAACACAAUCUGCCAAGUUACCGCUUGAGGUGCACGCAGAGACUGGCACCCCCGUAGGCAAAAACGGGAAAAAAUUCAACAAUAUGGCAAAAUGGAUGACUCGGAUGUCUAUCCCCAUUAAUAAAUUCAAAUGGGAAGAUGUCAGUAGAGCUGACAUCAACGCACUCUGGGAUAGACUUGAGGUAUGCCUUAAUAAUUUUUUUUAAUUUAUAAAUUACUAUACUCUUAUUAAAUUGUAAUUAAUGUAUUAAUGUGUAACUUUUUGCAGACCAAGUUUGUCCUCCCACGAGAUAACCCUACAUUCGUAGACUACGGUGAGUACGAGAUGUCAAAGGGUUUACAUGACUGGAGGGCAGACUGCAAGAAGAAGUGGAUACAAAACAUUGAGGAGCUUGGACAGGAGAGGGCCGACAUGUCACCUCCUGAGGGAGUAACUCAAGAGGUGUGGAGUGACUGCAUCGCUUAUUGGAGCACAGACAAACAAAAGGCGAGAGCAGCGAAAAAUAAAGAAAGUCGGGGUAAGAUGAAAUUUCUAGGAGGCUGGGGCUCCAAGCCUAUUGUUUCACAUGUUGUCGAGGGGGCUAACCCCGACACAGGAGAACUGCCAACUGCGGUGGAAACUUUUCAAAAGUUUCACCAUAAAGGCAACGAUUGGCGCAACGAGUUCGCGCAACAAGCUUACGAGCAAAUGGUUGAAAUAGCGGCAACUCAACCAGCGCCCACCGAAGAUGAGCCCGCAGAGCCUGCUGUCGAUCCUACACAGUACCCCCGAGACUUACCUGUUAUGACACAAGUACUCGGGGAACGAUCUCGGCAUCUUAGAGGCUUUGGCCAUCUCCCCAGACUGAAGGGAGUUGGGGCCAAAAGAGCACCUGCCACGCAUCCUUCAGCCCAACCGACUGUUACAAUGGAACAGUACGAGGCUUUACAGAAAAAAGUGGAGGAAGCGGAGCAGACAACUCAACAUACAAGGCAGCAGUAUGAGACACAACAACUCUACCUCAGACGAUUCCAAGAUCAGUUUGAGUAUCUUUCUCGAGCUGUGCCGGGUUUCAACUUGCCUCCCAUGGAUCUUCCACCAUUGCCCACUCCUGGUGCUGGAUCGUCGGCUGCUGCUGGUGCUGGAUCGUCAUCGCAGCCUCCCGAGACUCAGAGAAACAACGAUGACGAUAUUACCCGCCUAUAG